AUGUAUACAAUCCUCGUCUUCCUCGGCCUCGCUAUACCAGGUUUUGGGAAGCUGCCUAAACCCACCAAUGUCAGGAUGGAUUCUGUAAACUUUAAGAACAUUCUAAGAUGGAACCCUCCACCCGGCUUCACGGAAAAUGAAGACGUAGUUUAUACAGUGCAGUAUAAAAUUGAUUACAGUAAACAGAUUAAUUACUCUGAUGUCUGUGUAACUCCAUACCUGGUGUGUGAUUUAACAUACAUUACUUAUACAUGUUAUGCAAGAGUGAGUGCAGCAGUGGGGGGCAGCCAAUCAGACUGGACGACAAUACGAUUUGACCCCUACAAUGAAACGGUGAUUGGUCCACCAGAAGUCCUUGUUUCCUCCAGGUCUGGCCACCUGGACACCGUUAUGUCUGGUCCUCAUCUUGAGUCUGAUCACAAAAAGGAAUCCAUAAAGGACAAAUAUGGUGAACUCCUAUACAGAAUAUUGUACUGGAAG